GGGGGCGAAGACGGCGGGGGCGACGGCGACGGCAGCGGCGUUGAACAAGGCGGUGGGGGUUCCUCGGUGCGACUGUCAGGCGGUAUAACGAACUGUAAACUUCAGAAAUAUUCAUAUAUGUAUACAUAUAUAUAUAUCAAAAUCAAAGAUGGGUGAGAAGAAACCGGAGCCUUUGGACUUUGUGAAAGAUUUCCAGGAAUACCUAACUCAGCAGACCCAUCAUGUCAACAUGAUUUCUGGAUCAGUUAGUGGGGACAAAGAAGCAGAGGCUCUUCAGGGAGCUGGAACAGAUGGUGAUCAAAAUGGACUUGAUCACCCAUCUGUUGAAGUUUCCCUGGGUGAAAACUCAGGAAUGUUAGUAGGCGGGUUUGAAAGGACCUUUGAUGGAAAGCUCAAGUGUCGGUAUUGCAACUAUGCCAGCAAAGGCACCGCCCGGCUCAUUGAACACAUUAGAAUUCACACAGGUGAGAAACCUCAUCGAUGUCACUUGUGUCCAUUUGCAUCUGCCUAUGAGCGUCAUCUGGAAGCCCACAUGCGUUCCCAUACAGGAGAAAAACCAUACAAAUGUGAAUUGUGUUCCUUCCGCUGCAGUGACCGAAGCAACCUGUCCCAUCAUCGAAGGUGCAAGCAUAAAAUGGUACCAAUUAAAGGUACUAGGUCUUCCUUAAGCAGCAAGAAAAUGUGGGGGGGUUUACAGAAGAAAACCAGCAACCUGAACUAUAGCAGAAGAGCACUCAUCAACUUAAGCCCACCUUCCAUGGUGGUUCAGAAGCCAGACUACCUUAAUUUUGUGGAUUUUACCCACAAAAUCCCAAAUAUCCAGACUGACUCCUAUGAAAGUAUGGCGAAAACGACACCAACUGGAGGCCUGCCAAGAGACCCCCAAGAACUCAUGGUCGACAACCCUUUAAACCAGCUCUCAACUCUAGCCAGACAGCUGUCCAGUUUGCCACCUGAAAACCAAAACCCCGCGUCCCCUGACGUAGUUCCCUGCGCCGAGGAGAAGCCCUUCAUGAUGCAGCAGCCCUCCGCCCAGGCAGUGGUUUCUGCCGUGUCAGCAAGUCUUCCUCAGAGCUCCUCUCCCGCCAGCCCCGAGCCUCGGCCGCCACACGGCCAGAGGAACUGCAGUCCGGUGGCAGGGCCGAGCAGUGAGCCAAGUGCCCACACAAGUACUCCAAGCAUGGGAAACAGCCAGCCGAGCACUCCAGCUCCCACCCUGCCAGUCCAGGGCCCGCAGCUUCUCCACCACUGCCAGCACUGUGACCUGUACUUUGCCGACAAUAUCCUUUACACUAUCCACAUGGGAUGUCAUGGGUAUGAAAAUCCUUUUCAGUGUAACAUAUGUGGGUGCAAAUGUAAAAACAAGUAUGAUUUUGCCUGUCGUUUUGCAAGAGGGCAGCAUAACCAACACUGAACACAAUCACACUCU